AUGGAGCACCACGCGCCGCCGCUGCCUGACGACAUCAUCGUCCAGGUGAGCGCCGCCGCGGUGGCCGCCGUGGAUGACCGGAGCUCGACGAGCCAGAUUGAGGAGGUCGACGGCGGCGACGACGACGAUGUCAAGGCGAUCGUCGGCGCCGGCGGCCUCACCCGCCGCACCUUCAGCGAGUCGUACAGGAUGAGGCACCGCAACCCUCUGGAGUUCACGCCGUGGCAGGUGGCGCUGCUGGCCUACCAGUCGCUGGGCGUGGUGUACGGCGACAUCGGGACGUCGCCGCUCUACACCUUCUCGUCCUUCACCCUGCCGGACCCCGACCAGGACGACCUGCUCGGCAUCCUCAGCCUCAUCCUGUGGACGCUCACCCUCGUCAGCCUCGUCAAGUACGUCUUCAUCGUGCUCCAUGCAGACGACCACGGGGAAGGUGGUACCUUUGCCCUGUACUCGCUCCUGCGUCAGCAUGUGAAUAUCACCGGGAAGACGAUGCCAGUGCCGGUGACACGGUUGGCAUCUGAUGCCAACCUCAAGUUCCACAGCAAGAAGAGCAGCCUGCAACCGAGGAUGCUCAAGUUCUUGGAAGGAAGUGUCAUUGCGCAGGCUGUCAUCACCUACCUUGUGCUGAUUGGGACCUGCAUGGUGAUGGGUGAUGGUGCCCUCACUCCGUCCAUCUCAGUUCUAUCAGCUGUUCAGGGAAUCCAAUCAAGAUCUUCUAGAAUUACACAAGGUCAUGUUGUCCUCCUAUGUGUGAUUAUCCUGGUGUUCCUUUUUCUUUACCAACGAUAUGGCACGGGCAAAGUUAGCUUCAGUUUUUCCCCAAUUAUGCUUGUGUGGUUCGUGUUAAUUGCAUCAAUUGGACUAUACAAUAUAAUCAAGUAUUAUCCCCCAGUUCUGAAAGCCAUAUCACCACACUACAUAUAUAUUUUCUUUGCGAAGAACAAAAGGGCUGGCUGGGAGCAACUUGGAACAGUUGUUUUGUGCAUAACAGGUGCUGAAGCUAUGUUUGCUGACUUGGGUCAUUUCAACAAGAAAUCAAUCCAGAUGGCAUACUCAUGCCUAGUUUAUCCAUCGUUGAUCCUUGCAUAUGCUGGCCAGGCAGCAUUUUUGAUCAAGAACCCAUCUAAACUCAGCACAACAUUUUAUAGUAGCAUACCGGAGCCACUGUUUUGGCCCAUGUUUAUUGUAGCUACUUUAUCUGCCGUGGUCGCAAGCCAGGCAUUGAUAUCUGCCAGUUUCUCCAUCAUCAGGCAAUCGAUUGCUUUAGGUUGUUUUCCUAGAGUCACCAUGAAUCAUACAUCUAAAAAAUAUGAAGGCCAAGUUUACUCUCCAGAGAUCAACUACUUCUUGAUGAUCGCUUGUAUCUUGAUUACCGUUGGUUUUAAGGGUGGGCCAGAGAUUGGGCAAGCCUAUGGUGUUGCAGUGAUAUGGGUUAUGCUUAUUACAACACAUUUGAUCACAGUGGUCAUGGUUAUAAUAUGGCAAAUUAAUAUUGCAUUAGCUGGAUCAUUUUAUGCUGCCUACACUGUCCUUGAAGGUCUUUUCACGAUAUCACUUCUAUACAAGAUUGCACAAGGUGGUUGGGUUCCAUUUGCGAUAACUGCAUUUUUCCUUAUAAUUACACUUUCUUGGACCUAUGGGCGAAGCAAGAAGAAUGAAUAUGAAACAAACAACUUGAUGGAUAGUCAGGAAUUCAUUAAAACAGUUGCUAUGAGCAACAGAGUACCUGGAAUAUGUAUCUUUUGCACAGACUUGAUGAAAGGCAUUCCACCAAUUGUGCGUCAUUAUGUUCAGCAUAUGGGUUGCCUCCGUGAACUGAUGGUGUUUGUCACUGUGAGGUAUCUUCCUGUUACAUCUGUACUUCCUGAAGAGCGCUUUCUCUUCGACAGAUUGGAGCCUUUUGGAGUUUACAGGUGCAUUGUGCAAUAUGGUUAUAUGGACAAUCAGAAUAUGGAGGAGGAUGAGUAUGUUGUAUCAAUCAUUGCAUCCCUGAAGGAAAUAGCUCAAAAUGCUGAUGAGGUCGCAAUGAUGGAUUCAGCAUUGGCAAAUGGAUCAACCUUUAUAUUUGGAAGGGUCAUUUUAAAGAUGAGUGACAAUCACAACUGUUUCAAGCGCUUUAUUAUUAACAACCUUUACAGGUUCUUGCAAAAGAACUUUAGGUCCAACCUUUCCAGUCUAAAGAUAGCUCCUAGUAAGACAUUGCAGAUUGGAAUACAAUAUGAGAUUUGA